AGAUAUAGCCUCAUGGGAUAGAUUUUGUUUUUGUUUUUUUAAGUUGGGAGUAACUGGCAAUGACUUUGGCUUAUACACAAAUACAGCAUUUUGUCUCCCCGCAGUGCUGAAAGUGCGAGCGCGGACAGAUUGUCACCGGAGCAGGGGAAGGGGGGGCGCCGAGGGGAGCGGACGCAGCUGGAACUACUCCCGAGGGUGUGCGGGUGGCAGGUGGGCUGCGGCGAGGAUCCGGGUGGGCUGGGCCUCCGACUUCAGAAGCAGAGGGCUCUGAUAGCUUUUAUGGAACCGCGUGCUAGCAACUCACUCUCUCCCUGCCCUGGAAGGGAUAAGGCCCUCCUCACUGGCCUUGCAGCCUCCUGAGUUCAAAGAGAAGGCAGAGCAGGUGGGAAGGCAUAAGGCAGGUGAACCUUGGUUUUGAGGCUGGUGGAGAGGGGGCUGGCCAGCUCUAGGGCAGACCACUUCUGCAGUCUGGAGUUAGGACUGUGGGUGGCCUCUGUGCAGUCACAACUUCACAUAUUUGAAUUUUGUUUGUUCAUUGCGCAGUGUUUGUUCGUUGCUGCUGGAAGAAGAUACAGGACUGACCCAGGAAACUGAAGUGGUUGACUAUCCAAGAGUCAAGGAUAAGGGCAAUUACUGCUCCCCCCUUCCCCUAAUCACACACCUCUUUGAUUAUGGUGUGAUUAUGGUGGUACUAGCAAGCUGAGAGAGCCAUUUAAUGUUUAGAAACCCUGCUAACCCACUUGGCCAGGGACUGUGGUUUUAUUUGUGAAGUAUUUGGACAGUUGUCCAGUUGAAGGGGAACUGAUGGGAGCUUUAUAACAAUUUUACAAAGCUCAUUCUAAGAUUAAGCUAUUGAAUCUAUACUUCCUAUUAGUGCUUAAUUUUCAAAGCAUUACUGAUUCUUAUUUCUGUGAAUCAAGUCCUUGGAAAGGCUGUCACACUUGAAUGAAAUAGUGGUCAAAAUGCGAAAAUUCUCAGAUGUUACCCCUGUGGUAGGUUCUCUUAAUUUUAUUGUGGUAUAAAUGGAAUAGCAGGUGUUCUCAGGUACAAGGUUUGUAGUUUGCUAAUAUAUUCAUUACCAAAGCUUUAGAUUCCCCCCAAGUUAGUGGGGGUUUCGUUACUUUUUUUUUCUUCUUCAGCAAAAUAAUUCCAUUUAAAAUUUUUGUAACAACAAAUAGAUUCUCCAUUUACUUAAAAAUCAUUUUGCCAUGUUAGAAGAUGCUUUUUUGGAAGAAGACAUCUGGGAAUACAAAUCUAAAAGAAAACCAAAACUAGUACAUACAAAUAAUUGCUCUGAGAAUAUUCCAAAAUCUGUUGAAAAAGCAACAGAUGGAAAAUACCAGUCAAAACGAAACAGAAAUAAAAAAAGAACUGCAAAAGCUAAAGAGAAGACAAAGGACCCUGAAAUGUGCUUUGAAGAAACAGAUAAUCAGACUUCCGUAGCUUCUAGUCAGAAUUCUAGUUGUGGAGAUGGUAUUCACCAGUCCCAAGACAAGGAGACAACUCCAGGAAAGCAUUGUCGGACUCGCAAAAACAAACAAGUAUCUCCAAAGAUACGUCCAGUUUAUGAUGGACACUGCCCAAACUGCCAGAUGCCUUUUUCCUCAUUGCUAGGUCAAACACCUCGAUGGCAUGUUUUUGAGUGUUUGGAUUCUCCGCCGGUCUCUGAAACAGAGUGUCCUGAUGGUCUUCUGUGCACCUCAACGAUUCCUUCUCAUUUCAAGAGAUACACUCACCUCCUGCUGGCUCGGAGCAGGGCGAGCCACAGUCCUUUCAGCAGCCCACCGCAUGGGUCAGGGGAUGGCUUCAGUGAGACUAAUUCAGGCUUUCUCUGGGGCCUUGAGGAAAGAUGGUCUCUGCAUCAGAAGCCAACGGAAACCUUAAGAAGUGUUUCAACUCACCCCUCGUUAGUGGCACCGUGUCUAAGGAAAUCUCAGUCUCCAACGGAAGCCAAUAAAAAGAUUUCUUCUUCUUCUUCGACAAAUAUCCAAACGUCCCAACAAACCCCACAAUUUCCAGAAUGUGUUAAUAAUGACAAACUGGUAGGAGUUGGUUUGCCUCUUGCUGAAGAAUUAGACAGCCAGUGCAACUCAGAACACACCCCAUUGCCAGAAAAUGACUUCAGUAGCUGUGAAAUCUCUUAUUCUCCACUUCAAAGUGAUGAGGAAACUUACAGUCUGGAAGACGAGCUGGGUGAUUUGCAGCAGGAGCUAUUCUUUACAGAGAGCUCUAAAGAUGGCAGCCUGGGAGAAGAUGACAGCAACUCCACUUGGUUUCAAAAACUCCAUGGCUCCUUCCUGAAGGAGCAGCAGGAGAGCGGCCCCCACGUGGACGGCUUAACUCAGGAUAAAUACCACGAAGUACUGUAUAAAUACAACACGCUAACUGGUUCAUCUCCACUUUUUUUCCAAAAUAAGGGUGUUAUUCCUUGUGAUGAUCCAGCACGUACCGGUAAUGAUUUUGCACUGUUUCCAUCUGCGUUAACACGAGGGCUUGCUUCUAGUUAUCAGGCCACGAAAGCAAAACCUGGUAAGCCAGAAUGUGACCCAUCUCAAUCAAAUCAACAGAAGCAGGUAGUUCAAGAAUCAGCUGUUCGCAAUCAGAUUUCUCUGCCGUCACCUCAUAGUGAGAAGCCAGAAGCUUUCGAAAGGCAGGGAGAAGGGGAUCUUUCUUUCCGUCCAACCCAAAGUAAAACUAGAAAAUCAAGUAAGAACUUCAAUGCAAAGAACAAUGCUAAUUCAGCAUGUGUCUGCAGAAAGGCAUUAGGUGGUCGACUAGGCAGUAAAGUUACAGUUCCCAAUACAGAGAAUUCUUCCGGUGCGCUUAAUGCUGCCGAGUCUCUGAAAAUGUCGCCUUCUGGUCCCAAGUGUCCUGCAACACAGCCUUCUUCCAAAGUAAUGAAACAAAUGGAUAUAGGUGUUUAUUUUGGACUACCACCCAAAAGAAAAGAAGAGAAAUUGCUCGAGGGAAGUGCAGAAGGGAUGAAUUUAAAUCCAGCUGUAAGUCCUAAUGAAAAGAGGUCCCGGCAGCGCAAGAGGAAAGCCGAAAAAUCCUUAAGUGAUUUAGAACUUGAUGAAAAGAAUUUAAGGGAGAGUCAGCCCUCUGUGGAACUUUCCAGUAAGAGGUCACAGCAUCAAAGAAAGAGACUUAGAAAGUCAGAUUCACUACAGGAAGGAGCACAUCAGAAGAGGUCACGUCACCUUAAGAGGACAGAAUCUGGAACAAUCAAUUUAAGGAAAGACAAAGUCUUCAUAAAAUCACCUUGUGGGAGGCUGCAGAGAGGGAACACGAAAAUCCCAGAGUCACCUAGUGCAGGACAAUUAAGAACAAGGACAUGUCCAUUCUAUAAGAAAAUACCUGGGACUGGCUUUACAGUUGAUGCCUUCCAGUACGGAUUGGUUGAAGGGUGCACAGCCUAUUUUCUCACACAUUUUCAUUCUGAUCAUUAUGCUGGAUUGUCUAAAAACUUCACAUUUCCGAUUUAUUGUAGUGAGAUAACUGGCAAUUUGUUGAGGAGCAAACUGCACGUGCAAAAACAAUAUGUCCAUCCAUUGCCGAUGGACACGGAAUGUAUAGUAAAUGGUGUAAAAGUUGUUUUGCUUGAUGCCAAUCAAUAUUGCAGCCCAGAAUACUCCUUUCCGUCUCAGCAAGAGGUUAUCCAGUUUGCCAUCAACACUGCCUUUGAGGCAGUAACUCUAAACCCACGUGUUCUCGUUGUCUGUGGCACUUAUUCUAUUGGAAAAGAGAAAGUCUUCCUAGCCAUUGCUGAUGUUUUAGGUUCAAAAGUGGGCAUGUCCCAAGAAAAAUAUAAAACCUUACAGUGCCUCAACAUACCAGAACUUAAUUCCUUCAUCACUACAGACAUGUGCAGUUCACUGGUUCACCUUCUCCCAAUGAUGCAAAUUAACUUUAAGGCUUUACAGAGUCAUUUGAAGAAGUGUGGUGGAAAAUAUGAUCAGGUUUUGGCUUUUCGACCUACGGGAUGGACGCAUUCUAACAAGUUAACGAGUAUCGCAGACAUUAUUCCCCAGACCAAAGGAAACAUUUCAAUAUAUGGAAUCCCUUAUAGUGAACACAGCAGCUACCUAGAAAUAAAACGUUUUGUUCAGUGGCUGAAGCCCCAGAAAAUCAUACCUACCGUGAAUGUUGGCACCUUGAAAUCUAGGAGGACAAUGGAGAAAUAUUUUAAAGAGUGGAAAUUGGAAGCUGGAUAUUAAUGUUAUCUGAAAGGACUCAGAACUAGUUAAGUAACUUAGGUAUAGCUCGUUACUAGUUGAAUCUUUAGUGAUAUGAAGUAUGCUGUAUGUGGAAAACUUUGUGAAGGCUGCUCAGAUAGGUUGUUUUCUUUUUUUUUGUUUGUUUUUUUUGUUUUUUAUUUUAUUUUUUUUUGUUUUCUUAUUUAUGUUUGAAUCCAUGUUCAUGGUGCCAGGUAUCUCUCAGCAUCAUCAGUAAUGAUGCAGACUGGCUCCCAAGGACCCUUGAUUCUUGCUCCUCCCUCAGGAGCAGAUAUUCUCUGCAUCUAGCCUCAGGAGGGGCAGCCAAGGCAGCCUUAGGGACCAAAGGAGUCAUGAUAAUAGAUAAAUGACAUUGAAAGCAUUAUAUAUAAAUAAUUAUGUAUCUUUAAAAUUAUUUAAUAUGGAGCAUAUUUUUAUGAAAUAACUUUUAUAUGAUGCUUAAAUAAAAGAUCUUCAAUUU